UUCAGCUUCAGGCGCGCACCGUGUGGGUCUUCCGCGCUUUUCAUUCUUUUAAACUCGACUUCAGCUUUGAUAUAUUUUAGACUGAGCAGUCAUUUCGGUGAGUGAGGAUGAGUUACGGCAGGCCUCCGCCCGAUGUAGAGGGCAUGACCUCGCUUAAAGUGGACAAUCUGACCUACCGCACCACCCCGGAGACCCUGCGCCGCGUGUUCGAGAAGUACGGCCGGGUCGGAGAUGUGUACAUCCCGAGAGAUCGCUACACCAAAGAGAGCCGCGGGUUCGCCUUCGUCCGCUUCCACGAUAAGAGAGACGCCGAGGACGCGAUGGACGCCAUGGACGGAGCGCUCCUCGACGGCAGGGAGCUGCGGGUGCAGAUGGCGCGGUACGGAAGGCCGCCGGACUCGCACUACGGGCGGCGUGGUGGGCCUCCGCGCAGAUACGGCGGGUACGGAGGAGGAGGAGGAGGACGCAGAAGCCGCAGCCGCAGUCCACGUCGCAGGAGGCACAGCCGUUCCCGAAGCAGGAGUCGCUCCCGAUCCCGCAGCAGGAGUCGCUACAGCCGAUCCAAAUCCAGGUCCUACUCUCGCUCCAAGAGCCGCACACCACGCCGGAGCAAGUCCAAAUCUGCAUCCAGGUCCCGCUCCAAGUCCAAGUCCAAAUCCCGCUCCAGGAGCCGCACUCCCCAGUCCAACAGAGGGUCUAAAUCCAAGUCAAGGUCCAGAUCUAGGAGCAGACCCAAGUCCCCCGAGGCUAACGGAACAGCCGAGGAGCCGUAAGCUAAGUCCAGCUGCUGAUUCCUGUUUGCAAAAGCGGAGUUUGGGGGCAGUUUGAGAGCAGUUAGUGUGUGGUCCGACCAUUGGCUGCCUGCUGCUGCUUGGCGGUUGCUAUGGAGCAGGUCGGUCUCAUUGAGUGUUGAGGUGGUUUUGAGAUUUCGGAUGAUUGAAUCUCCAGCGAGGAUUGCAGCGUAUGGAAAUUCCACCUGAGGAUUACUAAAUUCAACUGAUCAGACCAAAAGGCGCAGUUGCGCAGCAGUUGAGUUUUGCUGGUUAGCUGUUAAGGUGGCGUGUUGCAGUGCAGAGUGCUUGGCUGUUUCCAGUAUUCUCCUGAUUGCUCCCGUGUAACACCUUGAUUUUGAUGAUUUUUACACUGCAGCAGAUCAGCCUUUUGUAGAAUAACCUCGCCAGGUCCUUUUUCCUGCUAAUCGUUUGCUCGGCGGAUUAGUUAAUUUUCGCGGUGGGAGUUCGUGCACCAACCUAACAACUGCAGCAUUUAUUUGUGGAAAGAUACGCAACUGUAAGCUCCAUGUGAAUGCUAAUAAACUGUUGUUCUAAA